AGAAGCGCGCAAGAAAAAAAAUGGCGCUAAGAGGUCGCAACUGCAUAUGAUCCUAAAAAGCGUCUUCAAUAUCGUCCGUUUUCGGAUAUGGUUCGACAUGUCGUUGCUGAAACCUUUUAAUAGGAGACCCGACUUGAACAGCGCUGCUAUAUUGCUUGUAGCGCAAGAAGAAGAGUUUCCACAGAGAUUAGCCGAAUCUCUGUUGAAGGAGACUGCAGUCACGUUGAAUGUGAGACUAGCAAAUAGUUUGCCCCUGCCCGUUGAGCACCAGCACAGUCGGCCCAGGAUAGACCUGGUGGUUUUUAUCAUCAACCUCAGCUCAGAGCUCAGUAUUGAGUCUGCCCAAGAUUCCCUCAAGUAUUUGGAUCCUGGAUAUUUCCUUGGAAAAGUCUGCUUCAUGGGUACCAACGCACGCAACGCCACCGUCCCACCAGAACGCCUGGAUGCCCUCAGAAAGCUGGCUGCAUCACAAUGCUGCACACUGCUCUUUGCCGAGGAUCAGACGACAGAUGGUGCGACCAAUGUCUCGGAGAGACUGCUGACCAUUUUGAAGGUGUCGGCCGGUCUCGUUCCCAUGACGACGGCACUUUAUCUGUCCAACUUGACAAUGUGCACCGUGCCCUCAGAGACUAAUGAAGUGGAUUUUGAUUAGUGACCACCAUCGGACUGGCAUGCAUUCUGACUUACAUGGGUGUUGUUGUCUGUAGUUGCAAUCUUCUGCAACUAGCGUUCUAUUAUUUAUUCAUACAGUCCUUCCACUUCUCACUUAGGAUUUUAUCUUUGGUUGUCUUUUUGAAGAACUUGUUCAAAUCUCACUGGAAAUAAUAUAUCUAGGUUCCCUGUCACAAUUCAAUACAAACAGUAAUGCUCUGCACUGGCUUCAUUUUGUGAGGCAUUUCCUUAUGGUUACCUUAUUAGGCUAAACCAUUAAAAACAACUCUUGGUGUAAUGCAGUGCCAUUCUCAGAUAAGCUUGUUUAGUCUGUAUAUCUGGCCUAUCUGUAUUCAGCAGUCAAAUAGAAAAUUCAAGAUAACAUUUCCACAUAAACUUGAUGUCUUCCCAUGAGGAGACUUUAAAUGGCAUCAAAUAUUAAACAGCAGUGCAGUGGUUGAGGACCCUGCGGGGGCUUGUUGAUGGCUUAGUGCCCCUCGUCACGUCUUCCUCCUGCACUGAUGCAAGAGCACACUAUUAAUAGGUUAUCAUCAUGGCAAUUAUCAAUCUUCGUUUUCACGUGCGUUCUUGAUACAUGGAGCAAGGCAUUGAUUGGGAUUGUUACUAAUAAUUUCACAAUAAUUUUUCGGAAGUUUCCUUAACUCCUGUGGGUGGGCGGCAUUAUUAAAAACAUUUUUGGAAAACAUUUACAAAGAUUUUGCUUUAGUUUGAACUGGAACUGGAUAAAGAAAACUUCUCUCAUCUCUUCCAUUCACUAAUAAACAAGCAUGUUGUACUUUGGGAAUCUGUACAAAGAUAGAAUAUUAAACUGAAAUGUCACGAAAGGUGGAAUCAAAAAGGUGAGAACAUAAAUUCUAAUAUCGGUAGGAGGAUGAACUUAUCCAAGUCAUUUGAAGUAAGUGACCAAAUGAAAUGAGUGCAGUGCUGUUUAAGCUCCUUUUGUAAAUGUCAACAUGAAGUAUUUAAAUGCCCUUUUGCUCACAUUAGUCUUGUCCUUUUACUUUGCUCAAUGUGAUGUGUUUAUGUGAGGUGAGCGUGAAAUAGUGUUUGCUGUUUUGUUAUAUCUAUUUGCACUGCACAAGCUUCCCACGGGGAAACAAAAGAUAGAAUUUGGGUUUGGGUGUUUGUAUCGCUUAUAAGCAAUAUUUGUUACUAAUAUUAUAAAGUAACUUUUCGCCUUUCGAUGAUGCCCUAUUUAUAGGAUGAUUUUAAAUGACAUUUUCGGCGAACUCUUAACAGUUAGGCCGACAAGAAGUCACAAAGAUGACGGUAGGGAGUAAAGACGUGACAAAGAGUUAGCGGGCGAAAUCUCCAAUAUAUUAACACUUUAACGUCUGAAGAUUGGAGGAGGUUUAGAGAGAAAAUGAAAAUGUAUUGGAUCUCCCAUGUGGCACAUUAAAACUUCAGUCGAUGUGUCCAAGCAGCUGAACAGGACGGGGGGGGGGGGGGGGGGGUAUAGACAAUCGAAGUAAUUCAAAGCCCAUGAGAUCUGGGAUGGUGGAAAAAUGGUUGUCCAACUCACCUCUGUCUUGGCCACAAAUCUGAGACAUUUAUUUCCAUUUAAUUAAAAAAAGCCCUGUUUCUGUACCCUUCACUUGUGAAAAAUUAAAGGCCUUCAAAAAUCUGCCUGGCCUAUGGCUGUUUUGUUCCAAGGAAAGUUGGGCCACCUUCUGCUGCAAAACAUUCAUGUUCAUGAUAAUAAUGAAUUGUAUACUAAGCAAAAUAGAUUUGAAAAAAAUAAGCUUUUCUAAAUUACAAAUACAUUUACCAUGAACAAAAAGUCAGCCUCACAAAUCGUGCCGGUAAAAACAGGAAUCCAUUAAACGACAUCAAAUGUUGCUCAAAGCGUUAAAAUACUUAUGUUGUUAAAUUAUAAAUAUAGUUGUCCACUAACUGCACAUUCUGGACUGCAUUUAGUAAGUAUGGCCACCACCUAUUUCUGUAUUCAAAUGCAGAUAUAUGAAACAUUUAUCAUGUCAUAUUAAACAAAUUGAACACUUAAUUCAAUGGCAGCUAUCAAAUGGUUAUUUCAAAGAAAAAAAAUUAAACAGCGGCAAUACUGCAAAUUUAUCUGCAUUUUAAUACAGAAAAGGUGACUGUCACACUACUUUAUGAAAUGCAGUUUAGUGUACACCAGAUGCUGUUAGUCCAUAUUUACAUCUAUAAAUUUAAGUAUUAUAAAGGUCUUUGAACAACAUUUAAUGUGUGGGAAAAAAACGCUGUACCUUAAUCAUAAAUGUAUGCUAAUCUGACGCAACACUUGUUUUAUUCUCUUGAUCGCUGAUAACUAGUUAUUUAAUUUUAUGCAUUCAUUUACUCUAGGAAUUCUAAAAGCUGUCCCACGACAAUCGACCACAUAGCAAGAAUAAACCAUCUGCUUCGCUAAAUCCUCCAAAUGUUCAAAAGAAUUGAACAAUAGGAAAAAUAGAGCGUUUCUUGCCAAAUACUACUAUAAUGCAAAGCGGGAAAUAUAAACAAUGAAGUCACAAAAGAGCUUCCUAUAUGGAACAUGCAAUUGUGGGAUGGAUUACUUUUGCGCCUAAAAUGUGUCAGAUAUUCACUAUUACUAGGGACAGUGGUAACUACAGUGGACAUCUUUUCAAAAAUGAUCACUCAUUCACCUCCAGCCCAGGUCACAGACUAUGUGUUGUGGUAGUAAAAGAGGAAAAUAGAUAUAUAAAACACCUAUUGACGGCAAUAGAUAUCAAAUUCAUUUCAACUGGGAGGGACUACAGCUAAAAAAAAAAAAAAAAAAAAAAAUCAUAAUCGUGCAUGAAAGAGUUACGAUCCUAAGACUUUAGGAGAAAUUUGCGGGAUGUAAACAUGCGAACAGUACACUAAAAAAGCAAGACGGUGGCUGAGUAGUUUAGGCAUCCACCUCACAUUCUGAGGUUUGGAGUUUCAAUCAUCACCUCUGUGCUUGCCCGCAUUUUCUUUGGUUUACUCUAACUUUGAAAAACAUUUUAAGUUAAUUGAAAAUUCUUAUUCCUCCCAAGUUUGACCGUGAAAUAUUGUUCAUACGUACCCUUUUAUUGUCUGGCGACCUUAACCCUAACUUUUGCCUGAAGUAAGCUGGCACAGGCUCCAGCCCUAAUGAUUCACGGGCGGGUGGUCACGUCUGCAUCCUUCACUGAUGCACGCACACUUGUACUGUUACUAUUAAUAGGUUAUCAUAGCAAUUAUGCAUUAUUCAGAUUCACCCACUUAAUGUGGAGCCAGAAAUUGGAGUGGCAAGAAGGCUUGUGGAAUGUUGCUGGUGGUGCCACCAUUGCUGCUGUUCAGAACUGAUCCAAAACAUGCAUAGGCUAAAUAUGUUUAGAAUCCUUGCAACCUUUUUGCUUUAUUCAUCCUCAGAAAAGUAGUUCUCUGUGUUCCCAGGUUCUUGUGCAGGGGCUUCUCAAUAAAGUUUUGUAGAAAUCCUUUUUUAUUUCAGUCAGUAAAUUCAAAAAUUGAAACUCUUAAAUGUUUAGAGUUAGUAAAUACUGAUUUUUUUUUCUUCAUGAUUUUGGGUGAUAUUAACAAAACACAUCUAAUGAAAGAGCAGAAUUCAGCAUGUCAAGAAAAAACAAUGUUACAUAUAUGUUAACAAUUUUAAAAAUUAGAAUGGUGUACCGCAAGCAACAUGUAACUUUUGUUCAUUAAUAUUCAUGACGUUUGGAAUUGCUGCUAGGUGGGUCAACCUGCCGUUUGUCCCUAAUGCCAAAUGAAUGGAAAUAGUGUAUGAACGAGAUGUUUACUGAGCUAAACCAACCAAUUCUGUCUCAAAAUGAUGUCCCUGGUGCCAAAUUCACUAGUAAAGAUGUGGAAGAACAUACAAAUGUUCAGUUAAAGAGAUGGCUUGAGUGUCGAGGGCUGAAAAAGACGGAAAAAAAACUGACCUCAUCCAGUUAGCUUUUUCGACACCUUUUUCUUGUGUGCAUUGCCUUACGCCACUGACAAUGACAUUCUCCUGUUUCAACAAUGUACCCUUUACCAUCAUAUGCCCUGUCUUUCUAAUAUAUUAUAUCCUAUGGUUGUCUUACGUCUCUGACAGUUCUUGGGGGCAAUUUACAUUGCUAUUUUUGUGUAGUGAUAGCAAAUGCUACUCAGUGACAGCCAACGAACACUUUUAAUUUUAUAUUAAUAACAAAUUUUAAUUCUAUAAUUAAUUUACACUUCCCCCUUACUAAAGUUGUUUUUUUACAACAUAAAAGGUAACCGUGGCAAUCAGAUACCAUUGUAAUUUUUUUUCAGGUCAUUCAUUGUCAGACAGAAGCAGC